UUCAGACACGUCAUUCGGAAGCUACACUGGCACGGUAAAAUGUGUUUACACAUUAUUAUGUAAAUGGUGAUUUUGCGUCAUCAAUGCAUCAAGUACAAGAGUCAGUGAAAUGAAGCAAAGUCAUCAAAUUAUUAAGACGUUACCAAACCAUCAGAAGAGCGAAACUCGUUUGUUGAACCUCUUUUCAAUAUUGUCAUUGCUCUAAUGGUAUUUGUGAUACACUCCGACGCCCAUGGACACCUGCACAGUCACAAAUAACGGUCACUAUUAUAGGAGACUAUAGCUCUCACCAGGGAGGAAGCAAAUCCAUAAGUAGGAUUUGAAGAAAAUCCAUGCUCUCACAAAAGACGGAGUUUGAAGUUGUUUCUUCUCGAGUUACUUUGACAAUGCAGACGAAAACGGUCAGUGAAACAUCAAUUAAACUCGUCGCGGUUUAUCGACUUCCAUUUCGAUCUUCCACAAAGGGCGAGUUGUCCGCGUGGGGAUAACAAAACAGCACCGCCCAGUAAUCCAUUUAUUGGGUUGCAUACGGUACAAUUAAUAAGGGUAACUUUCUACGAAACUCUCCGCGAAAAGAGUUGGCAAACAGCUUAACUCAGCUUUACUCUAUUAACACCAUGGCCGCAAAACCAGUAAAGGAUACCGUCAUCGAGAAUGUACGAGGAAAAAUUCAGUUACUUGUUCGCCAGAAUUCAAAGAUGUCGGACGUUGGUGUUGAAUUCGAGCGGGAUCCAGAGGAGUUGACUUUGUGCUUUCUCUGUCAGAAAGACUUGACCGUACCGAAGAUUCUGCCCUGCUUGCAUACAUUCUGCAAAAGCUGUCUGGUGAAAUUUGCAGAGGAAAAUGAAAAGAGCGGAAGUAUUCGGUGCCCGCAAUGCAAAGACCAAACUUCUGCGCCUAUUAAAACUGUUGAUAUUGGGGCACUCCCUGAUAAUUCACUGGUGUCGUUCCUGCAAGGUGGUUCCCCGACGGAUACAGCAGAAAAACACAAUGAUGUGCAGUGCACUUCAUGUAAUCACGAAAAGCCAGCCUCAUCUUGGUGUGCCAAUUGUCAGGACUUUCUGUGCGAGUCGUGCUUUUCAUCUCAUGAAAGUUUAAAAGUUUUGCGAAAUCAUAAAGUAAUUGGCAUCGAGGAAUGGAGAAAACAGAACGGGAAAACGUUGAUCGAGGAAAGGUUAUGCCAUCAGCACAACGGCGAACCAGUAACUAUAUACUGUGGAACAUGUAAGACACCAAUGUGCAAGGAUUGUGCCGAUUUGGAUCAUUCAACUGGGACACACAGAAAGUGCUCUUUGCUGGAAGGGGCGGUAAUAUGCAGGCGGUCAGUUGAGAAACUCAUGACUAUUUCAAGACAGACAGAGGCCAAAUUUAAAGGUGCCUGGGAGAUUUUGGACACAAUGAAAUCGGAUCUGAGGGAAAGUACGCAAAGUCUAAGAAAAGAAGUAGAGCAAGCUUUCAAGGAUGAGAUAGACGCUUUAAACGACAGGAAAAAUGAAUUUCUGACUAAAAUUGACAUGAUUGAAACACAGCGGCAAGGCACACUCAAGACACAUGUAGACAACGUAGAGAAUAUACUGGAGCAGUUCUGGACUGCGUUUGACCUAACGGAAAGCUUGAUGGACAAUGGCAACGACUUUCAUGUCCUGAUCUUGGAGCCAAUCGUAUGUGAGAGACUCAAAUCACUGUAUAAAAAACAACCCGAGCUUCCUCAUCAUGAUCUUACGGUCGUUGAUCUCACGGAAGAGACCGAAGAAGGAAGAGAGGAAGAGCAAGUAGAUGAGGAAGAAGUCGACCGUGUCCAAGAGUCCAAGGACACCAAGGAGGAGGAAGUACCUGUCUGGGAGCUUGAAACAACUCUUGGGGACAGGGGAGCUGGAGAAGGGCAGUUUGACUGGUGCAGAGGAGUGGCGGCAUCUCUGGAUGGCGACACGGUAGUUGCUGACUGGGGAAACGAUCGCGUUCAGGUUUUCAACAACGGUAACACUUUCACGUGUGUCCUCAACUCAGACAAGCGAGAAGAUGGGAAGAUAUCGAUGCCCCAAGAUGUCGCCUGUCUUCUCGAUGGCCGUUUUGUCGUCAUAGACAAAUCUCACUUUGUUAAAGUCUACGAUCCGAACGGGAAGUUUCUUUAUCGCUUCUCGACGCUCAUGGCAAACGAGAAAACACUCCCAUCUGAUGUCGAGCUUAGUUGUGUGACUGUCGACAGAAGAAGCCGCAUCGUUGUCGGUGAUUGCAAACGCAACUUGGUCACUAUUCACUACAUCGACGGUAAACUAAUCAAGACAGUGCCUGCCGUAGGACCCGGUCAUAUUGCAACCACGUCCACUGACCUUCUAGUGGUGAGUUGUCCACGCAAGCAAAAGGUGCGAGUGAUGAACCACGACGGUCGGUUCGUUUUCCAAGUGGAUACAUUUGGACUCGGAGAGAAGUUAAAACCAAGAGGGGUGGCUUGCGAUAAUGACAAUAAUAUUUAUGUGGUUCACAAGGAAAGAGGCGGUGAGAAAUCCGUCCAUAUGUUUAACAGUCAUGGCAAGUACGUAGCAUGUGUGGCAAAGAAUCUAAGAGAGCCGUAUGACGUUGAUAUUGCUCCUGGGGGAAAGGUUAUCGUAUCAGACGAUGACGCAGUCAAAGUUUUCAGUAGGAAGUACAAAAAGUAGAAACCUGCAAAGACCCGGGCAAAACAGUUUAUCUACGUGUGGUAGAAAUGGUCAUAAUUUGCGCUUAUGGAUGGAUUGUACAUGACGUCAUUGACCACUAUAUUUGAUGAAACGUGCACGCGUUUGUCAUCAAAUAUGGCGGUCGAUGACGCUAUGUGGACUUCAUCUACGUGUAUAGGUUCUUAGUGUAAAACGUAUAUACAGUUUAACCUUGGGUUGUUCGCAUGGAACACCUGCACCUUGCUGCACUCUAAAAACAACUCGGUUGGAAAUUAAUCCGAAUUCAAAAUCCUAAACCGGGUCAGCCUAAAAAGAAAUGCUUCAAAAGUGUUUUUAACUCCAGGUCAUUUUGACUCGGAGUCUGCAUCAUUUUGACCCACUUCUGGGGACCCGGCGGGAAGCGGGUCAAUGCUGAGCCAGAGGUUUUUGGUGUGUGCAGAACCCUCAGCCUCCAAUUGCUUAAUAAGAUGGGUAUAUAAUUAUUUUUGACAUGUUGAGGAGGAGAAGAUGCCUCCAUCUAACUUAUUACGUAAUGAUGGUCAACACUGCAUGCCUUAGUAUAGCUGUAAUCUGUAUACAUAACCCCAUGCACAACGCGAAUUUCACGUCUAUCCGCCAUUUUGUGAGUCAACUCUUUGUGUUUGGGAGAUCAAUAUUUUUAUUUUGUGUAUGGUAUACGGUAUACUCCAAUCUCAUUUACAAGGGUGGUCGAUCUCGCAGUGCUGUUUUUUUUUUUUUUUUUUUCAAAACUUGCUUAACGCAAGCAACGAAUGAGAUUGCCUCCAUGCCCCCUGGUUAUUGCCCUUACAAAAAUGAAGCAUGCAGCCUGCUCGCUUAUGACCGGGGAUAUACGUUUUCGCGGUUGUGACCAAGUUCUGUUUACGUCCAAUGACUAACUAAUGGCCAAUAUUAUGCAAUUCAUGGUAUUAUAAUGUAAAGCAUUUUGAGAAACGUUCAUGUGGUUACGUUAAGAAAACAUCGGUUUGAACGUCCUUAUGUUUGAAACUGAGAAGAGUUACCAUGGGGUAAUGUUUCGAUUAUUCCUAAAGAUUAUUAUUCCUGCGUGAAUAUAAUAUUCACUCCGGAGUUUCGGCGAUAUCGUCAGUAUGCGACCACAUUUUGAAAUGACAUUUUAACAGGUCAAUUUUUACACAACUACGUUAUUUUAUAUAGGAUUAAAAAAAUCGAACGGUUCAAAAAACCAAAGGUAGACAUUGGCUUUAUAUGUUUCGUAUGUAAGGCAGAUUGUGUGCAAACCCGUUGAUAAACAGUACUGUUUGAUAGGGAAGGCCGCCCAUAAUACAAAAUAGGGGUCAAUUCACUCUAAAGAAACAGAACAUUGUGUAUUUUGUUUAACCUAACAAUUUAGUUGAAUGCAUUCAACUCAUGUUGACCAAACAGAUCUAGGAGCAUGAGUUCAUAUCUCGGACUUAUGUUUAUUAAACAAGUUGGACUUAAACUAUUUUGUCAGGGAAACAAAACAAUUUAUUUUAUGACGUAGGCCUACAUUUUGGGUAUUAUGUUAUAAACUUUAGUUCAGUCGCAAAGUUACAAAUUUGUAUGUUACACAUAUGCUAUAAUUGUUAUAGGCACUGCAGCCGAUUUCACGAAACGCUAGGAUUAAUCCUAACUUCAGUUAGGACGAGUAACCCAUCCUA